AUGUCUGAAAAAAUUGAGAGAAGCUCUGCGGAGGACAUUAAGGAUGCCACUGUGAAUGGUGAUAUCGAGGAGCAGACGGAAAAGGUGGACUUGCACCCGGAAAAUGACGCCGAGGUGUCUGAUGCCAGCUCUAACGAUAUACGAAUUGUCACCUCGUCCACUUCAGUGGAAUAUGAAAAGUCCAGAGGUGUCAGGAGAAUUGAAAAUGUCAGAACCAUGAUGUUGACCGCCAAGAACGGCAAGUCCAUCAUGGUGAUUUUCUGUACUUGUCUUCUCAUUAUUGCUUGGGUAUACUCCUUGGAUGCUUCUACUACUGCAAGCUAUGCCGUGCCAGCUACCUCCAGUUUCAACAGACACUCGAUGAUUUCCAGUGUGAAUGUGGCUAGUGCUAUCAUUGGUUCUGUUGUCCAGCCUUUCCAGGCUAAGUUUGCCGAUAUCACUUCUAGACCUAUCUGUUUUGCAGUCUCUCUUGCAUUUUACACUGUGGGUGUGAUUAUUGCAGCAGCUUCGUCUACUAUCGGUGCUUACGUUGUGGGUUCGGUUUGUACCGCUGUUGGCUCUAACGGUGUUUCUUUCGUUAGAGACAUUAUCGUUGCUGAUCUUACCGACCUUAAAUGGAGAGGUCUUGUCAAUGCACUCAUGACCUCGCCAUAUAUCAUCACUGUAUGGUUUUCAGGUUUGAUUGUGGACGCCAUCUUGAAGAGAAACUGGAGAUGGGGCUACGGUAUGUUUGCCAUCAUCAUGCCUGUCAUUGUUCUCCCAGUCAUCUAUGUGUUAUACCAUUUCGAAAGAAAGGCCCAAAAGCUUGUGCCUCAGGUUGAGAAGCUGAAGAAAUCAUUCAUGCAAGUUGUGUGGGAUUCAGCUCUUCAAAUCGAUGCCUUUGGCUUGGUGAUCAUGGGUUUCGGUUGGGCUUUGUUGUUGUUGCCUUUCUCCUUGCAGCCAUAUGCUGAAAACGGAUGGAAGAACCCUAGUUUGAUCGCCAUGUUCGUUGUUGGUCCCGUUUUGUUAAUUGCCUUCACCGCCUACGAGAUCUUCUGGGCACCAUACCCUUUGAUGCCUAAGAGAAUCUUGUACAACAAAACCUUCAUCACUGCCGUUCUCAUCAACUUUAUUUACUUGUUGGCUGACGGUGUCAGAGCCCAGUACUUGUCCAGUAUCGUCUUGGUUGGUAAAAAUUGGUCAUACCAGAACUGGACUUACUUCAACAACACCUUGACAGUUUCUUUGUGUUUCUUCGGUGUUGUUGCUGGUGUCACCUACAGAAUCACUAGAAGAUACAAGUGGUUGAACUCCUUGGGCAUUUUCCUCAGAAUGGUGUCCUAUUGCAUUCCUCUUACAAAACAAGGAACCAUGGCCAACACAGGCCAAUUCGUCAUGAGUCAGAUCAUCAUGGGUAUCGGUUCCGCUUACAACACCAUCGGAACUGUCAUCUCGAGUCAGGCCUCGGUUCCUCACCAGGAUAUGUCUUUGGUUAUGGCGUUGUUACUUCUCUGGUCUACCGUGGGAAGUGCCAUUGGUUACACCAUCUCGGGUCAAAUCUGGACCAAUAAGAUGUACAACUACUUGAGGGAGUUCAUGCCCCUGAGUGUCACCGAUGAUGAGGUUUAUGAGUACUACACUGAUCUUUCGUCCUUGCAAGAACUUGAGUGGGAUGAUCCUGUCAGACAAGGUGCCGUCAAGGCCUUGGCCACCAUCUGUCCUUACUUCUUUGCUGCUCCAAUUGUGCUUGAGCUCAUCAAUCUUUUGUUGAGUUUCAUGCAAACCGACUACUACUUGGGAGACACUCACAAUGCCAUCGAGGACCAGGAUGGUAAGGAUCCAACUGAUCCAACGAAGGAAAAGCAGGAGAUUCCCACAACGUGGAAGGGCAAGAUCCUCUACUUGCUUUCGUAA